GGUUGAUCCAUAUGGGUUUGAAAGGCCAGAAGACUUUGAUUAUGCAUCCUACGAAGCAUUCUUUUCCAGAUAUCUAGUGGUACUCACUAGAAGAGCAAUAAAAUGGUCCAAGCUCCUAAAGGGGAAUAACCGUAUACAGAAGAGUUUAAAAGUGAAGAGAUAUAUCAGAAAAGGCAUCCCCAACGAACACCGUGCAUUGAUCUGGAUGAUUGUGAGUGGGGCCCAAACCAACAUGGAACAAAACCCUGGAUAUUACCACAGACUGCUUGAAGGAGAGAAGAAUGACAAACUGGUUGAAGCAAUCAAAACAGACAUGAACAGAACAUUUCCAGAUAAUGUAAAAUUCCGCAAAACUGCUGAUCCCUGUUUGCAGCAUACACUCUACAAUGUAUUGGUAGCGUAUGGGCACCAUAAUAAAGCAGUAGGAUAUUGUCAGGGCAUGAACUUCAUAGCUGGAUACCUGAUUCUUAUUACAAAGAAUGAAGAGGAGUCCUUUUGGUUGCUAGAUGCUCUUAUUGGAAGAAUAUUGCCCG